AAAAUUUGCUUCAACAUUUCAGCAGAGUUCCUGCUUUCAUUCAAGGGACAUUUGUGACAAGCAACAGCGUAAUAUCCUACCAGUAUUUAACUGUUAAUAUAUCCUAGAACAUCAGAGCGAACAGCUUACAGUUUAGUUGUGCAAAGAAAGAAUUUGCAAAAAAGACACAGUAACCAGUCAGAAGUCUAUGGAAAACAAUGGCCAGCAAUCUCAUGAGCCUCAUUUUUAUAUGGCUGCUCUCAGUAAUGGCCAGCAACGCUGUGACGCCUAGACAGGACCUCUAUUUGACUAAAUUGAUGACAAGUAAGGUAACUGGUGAGAGAUUUUCUCACAAACUGCUGACAACACAGGAGGUGUCCAGUAUAAAUCCACACUCACAGGUCUCAGGUCUGAAAGUCACACCACCAAUCAGAGAUGAUGUAUCUCCAACAAAGGAAAUGACUAGCACCAAGCCUUCACUUCAAACAAUACUUACUAAGACAUUGUUUCUGAACACUGAAAAAACAGCAACUCCUACCAAUUCUAUACUGCCUCCGUCAUACAGUUCCACACGCAUGAUGAUCACAACUGAAGAACAAGCAACAAUUAUAAAAUCCACAAGAGUUGUAACCAGUCAAGCCAGCAUCCCAACCAAGCCUACAAUGGUACUUCCAGAGCUAUACAACUCGAGCCAAGGCCAAGACAAAGAAAACAUCAAUACAUCAAUUUUUCAAUUCACCACCAAUAAAAUCACUCAUCUAUCUACAUAUCCACUUCAGUCUACAAAGUCAAUCUCUGAUGUGUCCACAUUUACCAAUACCAAGGAAGUCAAGUCUGGAGUUUUAAGCACAGUUACAAGCGGUGGUGUGUCACAGACUACAGGUUCAUACAAAGCUUCAAUGGCCACACCACCCAUAAUGACUACCAAGAAAAUGAAAAGAAAAGAAACUUCAAAAAAAGAGAACAAAUCCCCUGACGGAGUAAACCAUGGAAAAGCAGUGGCAGGGCUAAUUGGUGGAGCCCUGCUAUUGAUGAUGGUAGGAUUCCUAGUCAUCUACAUAAAGAAACGGAAACUUCAGAGGCAGACAAUAACAACUACUGAUUGGGCUGGUCCUUCACCAUUUUUGGAGGGUGGAGCAGACAAUGGCCGGGGAGCACAAAGGUCAUCCAAUCGAAUUUCUCUCACCACCAUUCUGCCCCAGGGACUAAUCAAAAGAUUGUCCUUACUUCCAGAAACAGAUGAGUUAGAAGAUGUGGCAACAGGUACUACAUUUCGAGAUAAACAUCACAAAGACACACUUGGUGGAAAGUUGGAGGGAAUUGAUGUACAAGAAAGCAAUAAGGCUGUUGCAGUUGUUCCAGAAAUGGAAAGCAUGAGAGAUCCUGCAGAGGCUGUUGGAAGCGUUGUUUCAACUACCUUUUUUCCAAACUAACGAGCCUAUAGCCUCAGUCAAGACCAUUGUGCAACUCCUUUGAAUAUAUGUGCUGAUGGUCAGCCUAAAAUGAACAAUGACCUUGGGCAAACUUAAUCCUCCAACCUCCAAAAGCAUGAAAUAGAAGCAUAUACCCUGCUGCUACAGUUACACUGGUUUCUGUGCAGCAGCAGCGGUAACUGGAAAACAAUGUAUAAGGAAACUAUGAUGAGAGUAAUUUUUAUUACGGAAUCUACUGCAAAAUAUUGAAAAAAUUAAAGUGCAGCAGUUUAUGAAUGUAUAUAAGAAAGGACUGUCAUGAAAUAUACUCAAGCUUUUAAACUAAGGUAGAAGUCAGAACGAUAAUUGUGUGUUGUUGAAGUUUUCAAAUGUUGGGGAAAAAGUAACCCAGACAACAGCAGAAGAGUGUCGAUCUGCUUUCAGUUUAGUUAUUUCGCAACUGAGAGAAAAGCAGAAGGAAAUAUGGUAAUGAGAACUAACAGAUAUACUUCCUGUACAGACUGCCAGCACACUUUAGCAUGCUGCUUUUUUAAGCUCCCAGCUGCAGCCACUGCUGACUGUUUGGGUCUUUAUACAGAAAACAGAAACUCGCUACUCAUGAAACUUUGCAAGACAAAUUAUCUACACAGAAUAAAGACAUAUAAAUGUCUACAUUAUGUCUACAUGUAGCAGCUGCUAUGGCACUCCUAUUGUGUCAGACAUAGAAUGGACCAGAUGAUCAAGGUGAAAACACUUUCUGUGUAGACACUGUUUAAGAAAUAUGAUGACCAAAGCAUGCCAGUUAACAAGAUACUGGCAACAAGGAUAACAUCUCAGUUAAGCGCAGCUUAAAAUACAGCCACACACAAGAGUCAGUACUCUUACACAAUGGAAUAUAGAAAAUGUAGCAUGCGUAACAAAAUACCAAUUAUUCAACAGAAAACAAAUCAACAUGAAAAAACCACUGUCAACCUAAAAUAACCAUAUAAAACACACAGAAAUUAUAUCUUAAAAGCUACUUUAAAAAGGUGUGUUUUGAGCAUUGACUUGAAUGUUGGGAGGUGUGUGCAUGUACAGAUGGGUUUGGGGAGUGAGUUCCAGAGGGAGGGGGCAGCAAUGGAAAAGUUUCUGUCUCCCCAGGUUGGGUGCUUGGUCCAUCAGGGUGGUGUAAGAAUGUUUCCUUAGGAUUGAUCUUUUGUCAAAUCCAAUUUUAUAACAUAAGUAAUGAAGUGACCCUUUAUCUCCUCUACAUUUAGUAUAUACUGUAUGCCUAGUACGCAUUUGUUGCAUUGAUGUAUUGUUGUAAUAAUGUUAAGACAUGCGAGCGAUUUUCCUAACUUCAUCUGAGACAUCCAAUUGAAUUAAUUUCCACUUGUACUGUCUCCUUUUUUCUCGUCUGUUUUCUUUUCUAAUAAAUAUACUUACAUUUAA